AUGAAGUUGAUUCCACCUAAACGCCUUUGUGGAUUAAGCGGUCUUUUUGUAAUAUUCCAAACUGCCCGCCGCUGCCGCAGACUACUCAAGUGGAUGAUUGCUCAUAUCAUAGUUGCUAGUAACAUUUGUUUGCGUUUCAUCAUUACUAAUUCCCUAAUAAAUAUUACAAAAGGAUUCGCUCAAGACCUCCUGGAACUGAAUUGCAAUGUGAACUCGGACUGCAAUCAUUUUAAAGGACCCGAAUACAACACCACCUGCCUGGAUGGUCAAUGUCUCUGCAACAAUUUGAAUGGCGAAAGGACGGCCUGCAAGCCACAAGACAACAAAUUGAACAAUUUUAUCGGAGGAACCUGUCCGUGCACAAAACCACAUUCCGUUUGCAAUCAUGCCCAGUCCAUAUGCUAUUGCGAGGCGGAUUUUGUACCCAGUUUCGAUCGCAGGCGGUGCAUUAAGAAGAAUCUGGUGCUAGGGGAGAAAUGCGAGGACAACUCGCAGUGUCUGGGCCUGGAUCGGUUCGCCGAAUGCCAUUUGGAGAAAAAGAAAUGCAUGUGCCAGAAGAAUUUCAUCGACCACAGCGGAAUUUGUGUAUCGAUUGUUGGUCUCAAAAAUAGAUGCCUUGACAGUCAGCAAUGUCUCAAUCAUACAGCCAAUUCGAUGUGUUACAGAAACACAUGCACCUGUGUAAAAGGAUACACAGCAUCGCAGGAGAUGAAAUGCUUGCCGUUUGCCGGUUACAAGGAAACUUGUAAAGAGGACAACCAAUGCAAGUAUAAGCUGGGAGCUGGCUCCGAAUGUUAUAUGGAGGAAUGUGCUUGUGAUUACAAGCACUUUGUCUAUGAAAUUGAAGAUUCCAAUGGGCAGAAGCAUAACAUUUGUGAGAGAAGGAUUGUUUAUGGAGAUUACUGCACAGACCACAAUGAUUGUUACCAAUAUCAUUUGCAUGCUGAGCAACAGUCAAUGGAAUGCUUUUUCGGUGAAUGUGGAUGCCUUAGUGGAUAUGUUAAUGUAAAUGGAGAUUGCAUUCGAAGUGGAUCACAACGAACAACAGAAUUAUGUCAACUUAUGGCAUUUAUAAGUCUAUUAAUUUCUGCUUUUCUACAAUUCUAAAUGAAUGUUUCAUUUCGUCCCUCAGGAUUUAGUGACUUAAUGAGAAAUUGUUUCUUCUACAUGUCUAUACCAACCGGACGUCUAAUGUCCUGAUAUUUGUUAUUUUUUUUCUUCAUUUUU